AUGGCGGCUCUUCGGACACAGCCCGGGCCCGGUAACGGUCCACCGGGUCGGUUGUUCGUGCCUGAGUCGGUUCGUUCUGCUGUCCUUCAGUGGUCCCACGCCAGCAAGAUAGCUUGUCACCCUGGUGUUGCUCGGACUAUGGCGCUACUGCGCAGACGAUUUUGGUGGCCUGCCAUGGGAGAAGAUACCCGGAGUCGUCGCCGUAUUCCUGCUCCCGCUUAUACCAUCGGAGAUAAGGUGUGGUUGGCUACACGGGAUCUUCCUCUACGGACUGAGUCGAGGAAACUGUCACCAAAGUUCAUUGGUCCGUUCGUGGUGGAGAGAAUCAUUAACCCUGCUGUGGUCCGACUCAAAUUGCCGUUAACGCUUCGAGUACACCCCACCUUUCAUGUCUCCUGCCUCAAGCCGGUUCACCUCAGUCCUCUGUUGCCCCCUCCUCCUCGUCCUCCUCCUCCUCGGAUGAUCGGAGGUGGUCCUGUCUACACGGUGCGCCGCAUCAUGGACUCCAGACGGCGGGGUCGAGGGUUCCAAUAUCUUGUGGAUUGGGAAGGAUAUGGUCCAGAGGAGAGGAGUUGGAUUCCUCGGCGUCAGAUCCUUGAUGACGACCUGCUUCGUGACUUCUACCGCCUGCACCCUGGCGCUCCAGGUAGUCCGCCCGGUGGCGUUCGUCGGAGGGGGGGUACUGUCACGAAUCCCGCUUCCUGAGUCUGUGUUUGCCUGUGUUUCUGUCCUGGAGUG